AUGGCUAGGAACCCGACCAACCUGACCCAGCUUGAGGCCUACGCCAAGGAAGAAUGGGCCAACAUCCCGCAGGAGACGUGCAGGAAGCUUGUGGACACUUACAGGAAUCGUCUAGAAGCAGUCAAACCAGUGCAGAUUAAUGCACCCCUUGUGUAUGGCCUGUUAGCCAUUGGCUUUUCAUUUUGCAUUAGUUUCUUGCAGUCCGGAAUCUUACAGUUUACCCUAAGUAUGGUCGGAUUGAUCUCUGGCGGUGUCCUUGGUGUCUUUAUCUUAGGUGUAUUCGCCCAUCGUUGUAAUGCUAAGGGGGCUAUUGCUGGGUUCAUGGCCAGUGUGAUCGUCUUGGUGUGGAUCAAGACAGGGUCCGUUCUAUACCCCUCAUCAAGGGGCCAACUGCAUUUAUCGGUUGAAGGUUGCCCAGUACCCAAUGUCCUAUACACGACCUACACCAGCCCAACCACAGAAUGGACGGCGGGAACACUCCCCGGGUCGACCAUGGAACCAGGGUCUGAGAACCUGGAAGUAGUCUUGCAUCGCGGUUCACUUCCGGGAUUGGGAUUUCGAAAAAAACAUCUUUGA